CGAGGGGGCGUUGGCAGUCAUAUUUACGUGUUGUAACGUCUGGGAAGUGUAAACGAUUAUUUUGUAAAUUGUGAAAUUGACAACAUUUCUAUGAAGUGGAACACGUGACGCAACUAUUUGAUUUAAAAUGGAUGCCAGAAAUACCGAAUAUCAUUCUCUGUUUGGAAAUCAGAUAACUGAUCGACCUUUAUUUGGAGUUUCAAAUAGAACAGAUAGAGUUCUCAAUCUUAUUGUUGGUGUUUUUGUUGGAGUAUUAGUUGCAAUAACUUUAAUAUGUGCCUUUGUAGCAGAUAAAUCCAAUCGAGGUUUAGAUGUGUUCUUUGCAUUUUGUAUUGUUUUUGUAUCUGCUUCUCAUCUAAUACUAAUUUAUUGGUACCGUCAAGGAGAUAUAGAUCCAAAAUUCCGCUAUCUGAUAUACUAUAAUGCAUUCACCAUUAUGUUGUUAUGUAUCUGUAGUUUAUGUUACUUUUUCCACAAGAGCUAAAAACUUGUAUGUAUAUAUGUAACUCAAAAGUAAAUAUAGCUUUUGGUGCUUGGAUUUAAACUAAAAAAAAAAUAUCAUUUAUAAAUAAAGGCACAUAAACUGGAUAUGUCCAUGAAGUGCCUUAAAAAUUCAUAAAAUUGAAAAAGUAGAUUUUAUGGCAAUAAUUUGAAUUCAUCAUGUACAUUAAAAUCAUAUAUGCACAUAGUGCAUUUAAAACAUUCCUACAUUUUGUCCAAAUAUAUUUUUGAAAUUUUCUGAUAUCAUUUAAUCAAUGUCAAAUCAAUAAUGUUUAUGAUUUAUGUUCUAGGUGUAUACAGAUGUUAAAUUGUUACUGUUAAGACUUAGUUUAAGAACUGUUUUACUAACGUAAAUAUUUAUAUAAGUGUUGUUUUGAAAUAAAAUUUUUAUUAAAACUGA